AUGAAGCGUCCAAAGAGUCCCGACUGGCUCGACAGCAGCCCUCCUCCCAAGAGUCAGGAGGGACAGGAGGAGGAGGAAGAGGAGGGUGAUGAAGAGGACAGGAGGGUGGCAGCAGGUCACAGGGCCAAACGAGAGCGCCGUCAGAGCGGCAGCAGUGCCACUAUGUGCCAGGUGUGCAACAUACAGCUGAACUCCAGCGCCCAGGCCCAGAUCCACUACAGAGGGAAGACGCACCAGAGGAGGCUGCGCCGACUGGCAAAGGCCGUCAGCUCAGGUGCCCUCUCCCAGAGCCAGGUCCACCCACUCCUGGGCUCCCUGCCUCUGCCGGGUCGACCCCUCCAGCCGCAGACUCAUACCCAGCUGGAGCACUUCCUGCCGCUCAGGGUCAACAGCUCCUCGCCGCUCAGCCUCUUCCCCAAUUUCAACACGAUGGACCCCGUGCAGAAGGCAGUGAUCAACCACACCUUCGGCGUGGCUCCACCCAAGAAGAAGCCCAUCAUCUCCUGUAACAUCUGUCACCUGCGCUUCAACUCCACUACCCAGGCGGAGGCCCAUUACAAAGGUCACAAACACGCUCGCAAGCUAAAGGCCUUGGAGACCCAGAGGAACCGGCAGAAGAAUGGACAUAAUCCAUCCACAACAGGAAAAGACAGAGAGAGGGCGAUCAUUGGAGGAGGAACGGUGCCCACAGACUCGCAUUUGAAACACAUAACAGGCCCAAGUACUUCUUCUCAAGUUGCACAGCAGCAACCAGAAAAUGUCCAGAAGAGCUCACUGGCACUCACUCCUUCCUCAAAGCCUUCAUGCACAGACUCUUCCUCGCUCCGGUCUCCUCAGCUUUCCCCACAAAUCUCCCCUGGCCCUCAGCUUUCUGAUCCACCUUCAGACAGUCCACCUGUGGAGAGGGGCAGCCCGGCCACCAGUUCAGCCCCACACUCUGACGCUCAGGGGAGCUCCACAGGUGUUGAGGAGGAGGUGUCGAAGGUGACGGAGGCUAAAGAGACCAAGAGCAGCAAAAAACAUCUCCACUGUCUCACGUGCAAAGUGACGGUCAAUUCCAGCUCCCAGUUGGAGGCUCACUGUAGUGGCUCUAAGCACAAACAUAUGCUUGAUGGUCAGAACAGCAGCCAGUCACAACGCAGGGUUAAGAUAACAUCAUCGCCCAGGCCCACUUGCCGAAUUAAGCAGCGAAUGGGCAGCAAGGCCAGAGCAGUUGUGGGUAUAGCCAGCCAGCCCUUUCACUGUGAAAUGUGCCAGGUGUCUGUCAACUCAGAGACACAGCUGAAGCAGCACAUGAACAGCAGGAGACACAAAGAGCGUUUGGCUGGGAAGCCUGUCAAGGUGAAGUUCACCCCCUAUAAUAAACUACAGCCCAGUGCUGUGUUAGCGACUAAACUGGCACUGCAGAAGCAGCUGUCCAAGGCCCUGCCGGCAGGGUUCCUGACCAGCCCCCUCAAUCCAGCUGCCUUGUGCACAAUGGCGUCUGGGCCCUUGGCACUAAGGCUGCCGCCAGGUCCCACAGCCAUCAUCCAGGGUCCCCUGAUCAGCCCCACUCUCUUCAGGCCUGCCCCAGGACCUCUGAGGGCCACACAUGCACCUAUCAUCUUCUCUCCUUACUAGCAAUGACAGGCUGGAGGACCUACAUUACAGGGGACUUAACCUAGCCAAAGCUGGACUAGUAGUCCGAGUAGU